UAAGCAAGGACGUAACCUUCCUGCUUGUUACACUCGUUUAGUGCUUGCUGCUUAAAACUUUUAAAUAACAUAUAACUAUGGAAUCGUCAAGUCAGACGAAGCAGCUUCAGAUUAGAUUUAUAACGAAACAGGAACAGUAUUCCGUUGCAGAUACACCUUUUGCUGUUCCUGCCACAAUAUCGGUUGUUGAAUUGAAUAAUCUAGUAAAUCACCUUCUUAAAGAGAGCAAUGUCAUCGAAGGCAAGGAUGUCAAUUUUGACUUUAUCGCCGCAAGCGAAUUUGUACGUUCGCCAUUGGGCGAACACUUGGAAACCAGGGGCCAUUCAACGGAAGUUGUCGUCGACAUUGAAUACCUUGAAAGAUUGCCUGCACCCCAACCACAAGACUGCCUCCUACACGAUGAUUGGGUCUCUUCAGCCCAUACAUCGAAAAAAUGGAUCGUAUCUGGAUGCUAUGACAAUACCGUGCACUUAUGGUCUAUAGAAGGCACUCAUAUCAUGACGAUUCCUGGUCAUACUGGAGCGGUAAAAGCUGUCAGCUGGAUAUCCCAGUCAGAAGAUGAUGCAACUUUCCUAAGCGGUUCACAUGAUCAGACAGUUCUUUUGUGGCAAUGGAAAAGCGCAAAAAAUGAAAUUGAAUGUAUACGUGUUUGUAAAGGCCAUUCAAAAUCAAUCGAGUGCAUCGGAGUGAGCCCUGACAAGACGAGGUUCGCCUCAGGCUCAUGGGACAACAUGUUGAAAAUAUGGUCCACUUCAAUGGAUGACGAUGACGAUGAGCCGACGGUGAAAAGAAAACCAGGGAAGAUGGCAAAUGUCAAGACACCAUUGGUGACACUAAAAGGCCAUAAAGAGGCGGUUUCAGGUCUUAGCUGGAAAGACAACACAGAAAUGGCCACAUGCUCGUGGGACCAUACCAUUAGAAUAUGGGAUACAGAAAUGUCGUCUUCCAUUCAAGAGAUGGCAGGAACGAAAGCUUUUUUCGACGUCGAUUGGAGCCAACUUAACCAUCUUUUAAUUACAGCUAGUUCUGAUAAAAAUAUCAAACUUUAUGAUCCCAGAUCAAAAGAGGGCCAAGUAUGUAAAACAACAUUUACUUCUCACCGCGACUGGGUCAUGAGCGUUAGAUGGUCCAAGACGAAGGAACAUCUUUUCAUUUCAUCUUCGAAUGACAAAACCGUCAAACUCUGGGAUACGAGAAGCUCUCAAGUUCCAAUGUUCGACAUGACAGGGCACAGCGACAAAGUGCUGUCUUGUGAUUGGUCUCAGCCAGAAUUAGUCGUCUCAGGUGGAGCUGAUAAUACUUUGAGGAUAUUCAAAGUGUCGAAUGAAAUCUAAAGUUAAUGUUUUUUUCUAAAUAAAUAUUUUAUCCUUUUUAGUUCAA